GCGCCGAGGAUCAAUACCAGCUCCGAUCUAGCCGGUGCUUACGAUUGAAGGUCAGCCUUGAAAAAGGCUUCAAAGAUGGGGCACACCCCAUCAAACCCACGUAGCAUCACUCCACGAUGCAGUCGCUUGUUUUGUAUGACAUUCUUUCCGAGCUACCAGGCAACAACUGGUCACCCAACCCCGCCAAGCCAAGGUUCGUCUUGAGCUACAAGGAUCUUCCAUUCGUGACCAUCUGGGUCGAAUACUCAGACAUCUCCAUCGCUAUGAAGGCUAUCGGUUCAAAGCCACACAAACGCCCAGACGGCUCGGACGUCUAUACUUCUCCCGUCCUCAUCGACCCCAACACUGGUGCCAUCAUCAGCAACUCCUUCGAAAUCGUCUCCUACCUCGAAAAGACGUAUCCCGAGAAGCCCAUCUUCCCACACAACUCAGAACCCUUGAUACGCGCGUUCGAAUCUGCCUAUUUAAGGCUCCUUCAGCCUAGUUUCAAUUUUCUGUUCGCACGUGCCGCAGAAAUAUUGAGGCCCGCUAGUGCAAAGUUUUUCACUAAAGUUCGUUCGAUGGACGUCCCGUUGCCCUGGGAUGAGAACUGGGAUGCAAACUGGGCCCUACUAGAGAAGGGCCACAAUACUUUGUAUGAAUGGUACCAGAAGAGUGACGGAAAGUGGAUCAUGGGCGACACCUUUUCAUUUGCAGACAUCAUGGUUGCUUGUUGGCUGCUGGCGUAUAAACGAGUUCUGAAGGAGGAUGAGUGGGUCAGGUUGAGUUCUUGGAAUGGGGGGAAAUGGGCCCAAGUCCUUGCAGAUGUCGAGAAGGAGUGUAAUUUGGCUUAGAAAUAGACUUGCCUGUAUUGUAUAGGAUCAAUCACUGUGGGGGCAGAUUAACGAUGAUAAAUGCUUCACAACUCGCUUUAGCUGAAGUCCUUCAGACCUUGCCUGUACAUACAACGACGAUAUAAGUCAAUACGUUUACUAGCGCACGGAGGC